CUCUCCUCCCCCCAGUUUUCCUGUCGGAGAUACAGAAGCCGAAGAGAUAUUUUACUCUCGGCGCACUCAAUUAUAUAUUUAUAAAAAAUGUCUCAAAUUCCUAACUUAGACAACUCUCCUCUCAAUUUAAAAUCCAUCAGGGAACAAUCUCAGAGAGAGCUCGUUAACAUCCUCAAUAACAUUCGAGGAAAGAAGUGUUUGGUGAUUGAUCCAAAGCUUAGCGGAUCACUGUCGUUGAUCAUCAAAUCAACAAUUCUUAAGGAAAAUGGGGCUGAUUUGCGGCAUCUUUCAGCUGAACCAGUUGACAUUGAUUGUGCUAAAGUGGUUUACCUUGUUCGUUCAGAGUUUAGUUUGAUGAGAUUCAUAUGUUCACAUAUUCAUAAUGAUACGUCUAAAGGACUUCAGAGGGAGUACUACGUUUAUUUUGUACCUAGGCGUGAGGUUGUUUGUGAGAAGGUACUCGAGGAGGAGAAGGUUCAUGACCUGGUGACCAUUGGGGAGUACCCAUUAUACAUGGUUCCAUUGGACGAGGAUGUACUAUCAUUUGAACUUGACUUAGCUAACAAAGAAUGCCUAGUUGACGGCAAUACAAGUUCACUUUGGCAUAUUGCAAAGGCCAUUCACAAGCUUGAGUCUUCUUUUGGAGUGAUACCAUAUGUAAGGGCAAAAGGUAAAGCAUCAGUACGUGUUGCUGACAUUCUCAAUCGCAUGCAAGCAGAAGAACCAGUUAACACAUCUGAUAUGGUUAUGCCAGGGAUAAAUACACUCAUCCUUAUAGACAGGGAGGUGGACAUGGUUACUCCUAUGUGUUCACAGUUAACAUACGAAGGACUUCUGGAUGAGUUUUUGCAUAUCAACAAUGGUGCUGUGGAGCUUGAUCCAUCUAUCAUGGGUGCUCAACAAGAAGGAAAAAAGAUCAAGGUUCCACUUAAUUCAAGUGACAAGCUGUUCAAGGAAAUUCGAGAUCUCAACUUUGAAGUUGUUGCCCAGGUCCUACGUCAAAAGGCAACAUCUAUGAAGCAGGACUACACAGAAAUGACAACUACUAAUCAGACAGUUUCUGAGUUAAAGGAUUUUGUUAAAAAGCUGAAUUCAUUGCCUGAAAUGACUAGGCACAUAAAUCUCGCUCAGCAUCUAUCAACAUUCACAUCAAAGCAGUCAUUUCUUUCACGACUUGACAUGGAGCAAACACUCAUCGAGGCUCAGAGUUAUGACAUAUGCUUUGAUUACAUUGAAGAAUUGAUCCAUAAGCAGGAGCCUCUUGUUAGUGUCUUGCGUCUUCUGAUCUUAUUUUCUAUCACAAAUUCAGGGCUUCCAAAAAGGAAUUUUGACCAUUUGAGGAGGGAGCUGCUCCAUAGCUAUGGCUUUGAGCACAUAGCAAUGUUGAAUAAUUUAGAAAAGGCUGGAUUGCUUAAAAAGCAGGAAAAUAAAAGUAACUGGCUGACUAUCAAACGUACUCUCCAACUUGUAGUUGAGGAUACUGACACUGCCAACCCCAAUGACAUUGCCUAUGUCUUUUCUGGAUAUGCACCACUUAGCAUUCGCCUUGUUCAGCAAGCUGUUCGAUCUGGAUGGCGUCCCAUGGAAGAAAUUUUGAAGCUGUUGCCAGGACCUCAUUCAGAGACUAAGAGAGGUGGAUUCUCGGGCAGUCCUUCGUUCGACACACUGCAUGGGGCUUCAGCAGCUGUAGACAGAGUUGCUGAUGGAAGACGCUCCUUGGUACUUGUUGUGUUCAUUGGAGGGGUAACAUUUGCAGAAAUUUCUGCACUUCGAUUUCUUAGUGCUCAGGAAACGAUGGCAUAUGAUUUGAUUAUUGGGACAACAAAAAUUGUCAGUGGCAAUACCUUGACUGAGACGUUCAUGGAAAAGUUGGGUUAACUUUUUUGGCCUGCAAAAACGCGACUUUUCAAAGCAAAAGCGAGACUUGAGAAAAUGCCAAGGUGAUACAAUUCUGUGCGGAGUUACAUUGGUUUCUUACGUGUCUUCUCCCGAUGGAAUUACUGGUGCAUGCAUGGUGAGUUGAUGUUUGGUUGGAAUUCUUUGUGAUUUUUUUAUUCGGGGUUGAAUGGAAGAAUUUUUUUUUGUUUUUCCGGUGAACAAAUGUGACCGUCAAUCUACACUUUCAUGUCUUUAGUCAUCAUAUGAUAAUGGCAAAUGGUUUUGAGUUAUUUGAUGAUUUCUUAGCUUGUUAACA